AUGGGGAUGGAAGUGGCGAGGUUUGCAGCUCUUGGGAGGGGGGAUGGCGGGAUUGGCGGCUCAUGGAAGGGGAGGAGUGAGGAAAGGAAGGGUGCAGCAUCAACCGCCUCCUCCUCCUCUCAUCCCCUGCCUUGUGCCUCCGGUACCCUGCCGUGCGCCUCUUCCCGGCACCUAGUGCGCCUCUGCCCGGCGCCUCGUGCGCCUCUGCCCGGCGCCUCGUGCGAAGUGAUGCUCGGCGCCUCGUACGCCUCUGCCCGGCGCCUCGUGCGCCUCUGUCCGAAGCCUCGUGCGCCUCUGCCUCGCCCCGCGCGCGCCCUGCUGCCCCGCGCGCCCUGCUGCCCCGCGCGCCCUGCGCCCUCUGCUUCCCCGCGCCCCACGCGCCUCUGCCCUGCGCAUUGCUGCCUUGUGCGCCUCAUUGGCCCGUGCGCCUCUGCCCUGCGCACUGCUGCCCCGCGUGCUGCUGCCCCACAUGCGCAGUCGCGCGCAGCUGCACACGCACCUGCGCCUGCACCACCAGCUCGCAAAUGA